AUGCACUCGGCACGACGUGAGACGGGGGCUGGGGGCACGACGGGGGUGACGACUGUGCGCUCGGGCGCGAGGGGCGGGACGCGUCGAGGGGUGGCGCGGGGUCACCGUCCCUCGUGCGGUCCGUUCUGGCCGCACUUUGUAAUCCUUCCUUUUCCUUCCUGGCACGCUUUGCUGGGAUCCGCUAAACGCUCGCGGGGCGCACCUGGACACGGGGGUGACGACUGCGACGACCCGGUACAGUACAUACGCUUGGGGUCACGACGUGAAGCGGCGUACGUGACGGGGGAACGGUACGUCUGCUACGACGGACGGGCUCGACGUGACGGGGCACUGGAAGACGCACGGGGACGUGGUGGGGCGGGGUCGGGGGCGCGUACUGGAGCUACGGGCGCUGGGGGGGGAUACGGGGGCGGGGCGGGCACGGUGGACGGGACGGUGACGGACGGCGUUGGCUACGCGGCGGCAGUUGGGGGGGCGGGGGGGGCACUGGGGUACGGGACGACUGUGGGGAGGAAACGGGUGGACGGACGGGGCCGGGGAGGGACGAACGGGGACGCGGUGGGUACGACGGGCGUCGGAACGUGGGGGGGGCGGGGGGCAGCGACGCGCACGCGUGUACGAUACGGCGGACGGGUCGGGCGGGGCGCGGGACGAGACUUUGCGCUGGCGCUAGGCGGACUGGGGCGUACGCGGUGGGGGGUACGGUGUACGCGCCUAACCGACGGCCGCUACGUACGGGUCGGGAGGGGGGGGCAUCGGUACGGGCGGGGGGGGCGGAACGUACGCGCGUGGGCGGCGCGGGUGAACGGCGACGUGGGUCUACGCUACGGGGGCUGGCUGGGGGGGCGGGGGGGGAACAAAACUGGAACGGCGUACGGGGCGCCUGGAGCGCGGGGGGGGGACGGACGGGGCGGGGGCUACGUACGGGGGGCGCGGGGAACGGGCACACUUGAGCGGACGCGGAGGCGGGGGCCGGGGCGGACGCGCGGCGUAGCGGUGGGGGGGCGAUACGGGGGGGUGAGCUACGGGGGGGGGUGGCGGCGGGGACGCGACGACACUUCCUACGUGGGCGUCUCCGUCCGGGGAACGGGACGGCGCACCGGGGGGCGACGUUUACUGCCGUACGGACAGGCGACGCCUACGGUAACGUGGACCGGUACGGGGCGGACUAACUGUGGGUUCAGCUACGGGUGGGGCGACGGGGACGGCUACGGGGGGGACGCGCUGGUCGACGGGGCUGGGGUGAUACCGGGGGACGGUCUACGCGGGGGGGGGGGCGACGCUAGGCGGGGGGCGAGUGACGGGCGCGGGGGGGGACGCUGGCUGGGGGACGGGGGCGCGACGGGCGUGGGGGGGGGUGUGCUAUACGGGAGGUUCGGGGGGGGACGGUACGGACGGGUCGGCGGACGGCGACGUAGGGUGUGGGGCGGCGGCUGGUGGACGCUCAUUGGGGGGGACUGCGAGCGCUGUCGGCCGGGGCUACGGCGGCUGCUAACGGCUGGGCGACGGGUUCGGACGGCUACGGGGGUACUGGGGGCGACGGGGCCGACGGGUUGGACGGGGGGACGGCGCGGUACGGACGGACGACGGAGUACGACGGGGGCGGACGACGCGGGCGAGGACGCGAUCGGGGGAGGGCGGCUCGUACGCUGGUCUAACGCGGCAGACUACGGAUCCGGUGGGGGCGACGGCGGGACGGGGGGGGGAGAUUACGCGUGUGCGGGACGGGGGGGGGCUACGGCUCGACGGCGACGUACGCUGGGUAGCGCGGUACGGACGCUGGGGGCAACGGACGGGGACACGAGCGAGGGGUGGGCGGGGGGCGGUACGGCGUACGCGGCUGGCGGGAGACGUACUCGGGACGGGGCGAACCUACGGGGGGGGGCGCGGACGUACGGGGGGGGGCUCACGCGACGGGGGACGCGGGGACGUACGGGGCGGGGGCAGGUGGAACGGCAUGGGGGCUGGGACGGUGCCGGGCCGAGCGACGGGCGGGGCUGA